UUCCUUGUGGGAGUCUCCUCUCCAGCGUCCGCUUCAAAGCGAGCGUCAGGAUAAUAACUUUCCUUUCGCAGCUUUUCAGCUCUCUCUGAGAGCAUAAGUGAGGGAGAGAGAGGCAACGCCAUGAACGUAUGGUGGAGAUCUUCCAGGCGUGCUGUUCCUCAUCCUAAUUCUGGUUUCCUUUCUAAAUCUACCGCUAGUAAAAGUCUCUUACCAGCCUUGUUGCUGCUGCUGCUGUUGUUGUUCUUAAUCAGGAGAGAAAACGUCCACUGGAGGUCAUGGAUCCAGCGGGUCAUUUUACAGCCAACUGCAUUGAUCUCCAGCCAGGAAAAAACUUCUCCAAUCCCAGUUAUGGACACGUUCCUGUACCACCAGGGUAUGUGCCUCCUCAGGUUCCGGCGAUGAUGCCGGCUCCGCAGAGACCGGCUGGGUGUCCACCAGGGCUGGAGUACUUAACGCAGAUCGACCAGCUUCUCGUUCACCAGAAAGUGGAGCUUGCUGAAGUCUUCUUAGGAUGGGAGACCAACAACAAGUAUCUGGUGAAGAACACGGUCGGCCAACAGGUCUUCUACGUAGCCGAGGAGAACGACUGCUGUAACCGGAACUGCUGCGGACCACUCCGUUCUUUCGUCCUCCACAUCCAGGACAACAUGGGCCAGGAGGUGAUCACGCUGACACGACCGCUACGCUGCGGGAGCUGCUGUUUCCCCUGCUGUCUGCAAGAGCUCGAGGUGCAGUCUCCACCGGGCACUCCAAUCGGCUAUGUGGUUCAAUCAUGGCACCCUUUCUUGCCCAAGUUCACCAUUCAAAAUGAGAGGAAGCAGGACGUUUUGAAGAUUGUUGGACCUUUUUGCACCUUUAAAUGUUGUUCAGAUGUGAAUUUCGAGGUUCUGUCGACGGAUGAAACGUCGUCGGUGGGCCGCAUCAGUAAACAGUGGUCUGGCUACGUACAAGAAGCUUUCACGGACGCUGACAAUUUCGGGAUCAAGUUCCCUCUGGACCUGGAUGUGAAGAUCAAGGCUGUGCUUCUCGGCGCCUGCUUUCUGAUUGAUUUUAUGUUCUAUGAGAAUAAACAGAGGAGGCACUGAGCUGUUUUCGUUGCUGCGAGGCUUCCGAGCAUCACACAUUUUGUAUUUUUUUGCUAUAUACAGUAUAUACAUAAGAGUAGACCAUACAGUUCUACACCUCUUCUUAUUCUUACUUAAGUGUAUCUUCAAUGUACAGUAUGUUGUCAUUUUUUUUAAAGUUGGAAUGUAGAUGAAAGUUUUCAGCUGUCGUUCUCAUGAUGUGCCAUCGUGUAAAUAUCGUUUAAAAGUAAUACAAAGUUUGGAACACUUUGGAAGACGUAACCUGUACCCCAUUAACUCCUACAGUGAACUGAACGAGUAAAGAACCCCAGUUUUUGUGUUGAAACCUUGCACCUACUUCUUGUCCUACUGUCUGCUCACUAGAACCAAGCAAUUCUUUCUGUUUUUCUUUUCCCGACGCCUGCACCCCAGCCUCGUUUCUGAUUGGGGGACCACCGGUUGUGGCAGGUUUAAUCAAUAACGAAGGAUUUGUCUGUAACUGAGGUACUUCUGGAAAGUAAAAAAUCCUCCUUUAAGGCCUGAUCGUCGAUGUGUCUCAACCUGAUCCCCUUGAUCCUACACUGCUCACCCCCCAAAUAACGCUUUAAAUGCAACUGAGGAAAGACAUUUUUGUACCAGAACUCAUAAAGAUCUCGGAUCAGGACGUCGAUUUGAACGGAGGCGUGAGUGUCGGCAUCGUGCCCGUCCUGGAGGUGCUUCUAGAUCAAUGGAGAAAAUGAAUGAACACUGAUAGGUUAAUAAAUAAAAAUAGACUUUAUAAUUCAUAUAUAUAUAUAUAUAUAUAUAUAUAUAUAUAUAUAUAUAUAUAUAUAUAUAUAUAUAAUUCAUAUAUAUUAUACACAGAUUUAAGUAAACAAUUAUAUAUAUGAUUUGUUUUUGCUUAAAACAUGAGUUUUAAGUCAUGUUUGUCAUUUUAGUUAUGUUUAUUGCAUGUAA